CUUAUCCUUCUUACAAAUUUUUUUUUCUUGUAUGGCACCUAUUGACAAAGAAUCCCCUAUCAACGAUCCUAAAUUUACUUAUGUCGUAGGCAUUGAUUUUGGCACAACCUAUUCUGGAGCUGCCUAUGUAUUUACUAAACCUGGCAGCAACAAGGAAAUUUGUGAUAUUUUAAAAUGGCCUUUAAACAGUGGAACAAAUCUUGUCAAAAUUCCAACGGCAAUUCGAUAUCAUAAACAAGAUUUGGAAAAAUAUAUAUGCGCUUUAGAAGUAUCAGAAAAUAAAAGUAGGAUAAAAGAGUACGAUCCCAUCAACUAUUUGUUCAAGUUGCAUCUUCACGAAGACACGAGAGAUGGUAUCCCUGAUUUACCAGAGGGUAAGACAGUCACCCAAGUGAUUGCGGAUUAUUUAAGAUACCUUCAUACUCAUAUCUGCAGUGAGAUGAAAAGAAACUUGGGUACCAAAGUCGAAAAUGAAGAAAAUUUGAAGUCCUCCAUUCGAUAUUGUAUCACUGUACCUGCCAUAUGGUCCUCAAAAGCGAAAUCCGUAAUGCGACAGGCCACUAUUCUAGCAGGUAUUAUUGACGAGCAUGAUCAUGUGGACCGACUUGUGAUGGUGGGUGAACCAGAGGCAGCAGCACUCUAUGCCGAAAAUAUGAGUGGUGGUGUUAAAAUCGCGUCCGGAAAGACUUUGAUGAUUGUGGAUGCGGGUGGCGGAACCAUUGAUUUAACCACGUUUGAAAAAACAAUUGAAGGAGAGACGAAAUGUUUUAAAGAAAUCACAGAAGGGAUUGGAAAUACCUAUGGCUCAUCUAGAUUGGAUUUAAAUUUUAAAGAAUAUAUUUUACAAAAAAUGGAGCAUUAUCCCGCACUUAUUCCGAUUCAGCUAGUAAAUUUGGUAGAUGAUUUUCGAAAGAGAGUCAAGAUUGAUUUUGGAGAUAUGCAUGAAGAUCGUGUUUACUUUGAUGUAGUCUAUCAUGGACAGAUCCGGGAUGAUGGUUUUAGUUUGGAUGAAAAAGGACUUACUAUUUCAACAAAAGUGUUGGAGGCUGAAGUAUUUAACCCUGUCAUUCAGGAAGUGAUCCAGUUGGUUCAAUUCCAACUUGACCGAUUGAAUGGUACUCCAUUAGACUACAUUAUCAUUGUAGGUGGGUUUGGUCAAAACAAGUAUUUAAUUGAAAAAAUCAAGGAAAAUUUUGCAAGUAAAGUAGGUGAUGUUAUUGUUCCCGACGGGGGAGAGGUAGCGGUAACAAGAGGCGCGGUCUAUUUUGGUCUGGAUCCUUACUCUAUCAGCCACAGAAGAAUGAGACUUACUUAUGGUAUCAAUAUUAGCUCUCCCUUUAUUGAAGGUGUGGAUAGAUUGGAUUAUAAAAGAACAGACAGUGAAGGCAAGGAUAUUUGCAUUAACCGUUUUGAUGCCAUCGUCAAAAAAGGUGACGAUGUGAGUAUUCAAAAUGGAUAUACUAGGACUUAUUACACUUUUAAUUCGGGAGCCUGUCAUCUUAAGAUAUAUGGGUAUGACGACGACACAGUCCCACGCUAUGUUUCAGACACUGUUCUACGCAACGGAUCAAAAACUGUCAAGACGAAUGAAGACUCUGGUAACGAAGCAUACAAGGUGGCUGAAUUUGUCUUUAACUUGCCUGAAGGAAAGCCUGGAAAAAAGACUGAGUUCACCAUGACAAUGUUUUUCGGACACAUGGAAAUUAAGGUUGAAGUCGCUCUACCAGGGGUUGAUAAAAAGGAAACAUUCACAGCAUCUUAUGAUCAUCGUGCAAGUUGAAUAAUGUUUAACAUCAAGCAAACCUUUUAUUUUAUAAUUAAUUUAAUUCGAUGCCUAAACGCUGAAUUUUUUUACAUGAUAUUACUAAAUAACCAGAUUAUUCAAUGUGUUAUUUGUUAAAAUUAAAUAAUGAUUGCUCUUUUCGAUAAUAAACUUUUAUUUUUAUUUAUUUCUUUAA